AUGUGGAACGGCUCAAGGCUACAACCGAAGGGCAUCGUCAUUUUGGAGACGGUCAAUCCAAAGGAAGGAACAGAGCACCCGCUGGAGUUCCUGAUUGUUUCGGAAGACCUUAUGCCCAUUCUGGGCAUUGAUUCUAUCCAGCGUUUUGGUUUUGUUUCUUUUAACCACGAACGUUUUGUUCAUGCGUGUGACAUCGAGGCAGAUAUUUUUGAUAAGUACUCGAGUGUGUUUGAUGGCGGAGUAGGGAUGUUCGAGGGACCCGCUCACUUAUCGUUAAACGAGCUAGCAACACCGGUGGCGUUACCAGCUAGGAAGGUGCCAAUUGCUUUGCGCGAAAAAUUCUUGAGUGAGUUGCAACGUCUCUGUAGUCUGGGAGUGAUAGCUAAAGUUGACGAACCGACUGAUUGGGUCAGCCAGGUGGCGAUUAUUACAAAAAAGUCAGGCGAGCUGCGUAUAUGCAUUGAUCCGAAACCGCUUAAUGCCGCACUCAAGAGAGAGUAUUUUACGUUACCGACACUAGACGACAUGCUGCCGGUGUUAUGCAAUUCUAAAGUGUUCACGAAAGUCGACCUCGCCUCUGCGUUCUGGCACGUAUCACUAGAUGAUGAGUCAAGCUACAUGACAACUUUCGGAACACCAUUCGGGCGGUACCGUUGGCUUCGUUUACCGUUUGGACUGAAAGUGUCUAGCGAAAUCUUCCAGAAGCGACUAAUGCAAGCGUUGGACGAUCUACAGGGAGUAUUCUGCGUAGCGGACGAUGUGUUGGUUUUUGGCGCUACUCGUGAAGAGCACGAUCAGAACCUUCGUAGCUUUUUACAACGUUGUGUUGAAAGAAACAUCAAACUGAAACGUGAAAAGAUCGAACUACGCAGUACAGAGGUUAUAUUUCAUGGGCAUGUGUUAAGCGCGGAAGGGCUAAAACCAGACCCUGAGAAAGUAAGAGCUAUAAGAGAUAUGCCGUCCCCCACAGAUGUGAAAGCGGUUGGCAGGCUAAAUGGGAUGAUCAAUUAUCUGAGCCGGUUCCUGCCCAAGUUAGCUGAUGUUAUGACACCGAUCAGGAAGUUGACUCAUAAGGGCGAAAGCUGGCAUUGGGGUGCAGAACAAGAAGAGGCCUUCCAGGCAAUCAAGGAACUCAUCACUAACGCACCUGUUCUCGCCUACUAUAAUCCGCAACUCUCCCUCGAGAUUCAAUGCGACAGCAGUCAAUUUGGUAUCGGGGCCGUACUCAUGCAGAAUGGGAAACCCAUCGAUUUUCGCAGUAGGACGUUGACAGAGACCGAGCGUCGUUACGCCCAGAUAGAAAAAGAGAUGCUUGCAGUGGUUUACGCCGUCGAACGUUUUAAUGACUAUACAUUUGGCCGGAAGACUACAGUGUUUACAGAUCACAAACCGUUGGUUUCCAUCGCCAACAAGCCGCUACAUGUUGUUCCCCGCCGCUUACAGAGAAUGCUUAUUCGCCUUCAAAAGUACGACCUAGAGAUUGUGUAUCGACCUGGUCCCGAAAUGCAUAUCGCAGACACGUUAUCCAGGGCAUAUCUGUCAGACACACCAGAGGAAGACGAAGAUUCAGAUUUCGUUCAUGCAGCACAACUAGUAGCUGUUACCGAGGAACGAUUGAAACAGCUCCAGCAGUGCACAGAGGAAGAUGAGUUAUGCAAGCUACUGAGGCAGACAAUACUAAGUGGCUGGCCCAAGAACAAGAAAGAUCUACCAGGAGUGCUGACCCCGUUUUUCCAUUUUCGUGAUGAACUCAUUGUCCAAGACGGGUUGAUAUUCAAAGGCAAUAGGAUACUAAUCCCCAAAGCGUUGCAGCGCGCGAUGACAGAGCUUGUCCACUAUGCACAUUUGGGAGUCAACAAUUGUGUGGCCAGAGCGCGAGAGCUAAUGUUUUGGCCGGGAAUGACCAGCCAAAUACGAGAUUACGUCUCAAAUUGUCUGGCAUGCCGAACACACGACGUACGUCAGUCAAAAGAACCGAUGAUGCUCCGUGACGUUCCGGACAGGCCCUGGCAGAUGGUUGCAGUAGACAUCUUCAUCCACGAUGGAAAAAGUUACUUAGUGUUGGUUGAUUAUUUCAGUGACUACUUUGAAAUCGAUGCUCUAGCUACGACCAGUACAGACGCAGUGGUGAAUAAGCUACGAUGUCAAUUUGCUCGUCACGGAAUACCGGAGGUAGUAGUCUCGGACAACGGGCCGCAGUUCGUUAGCGCAGAGUUCCGAGAGUUCAGCAGAAAGUGGGAUUUCCAUCACCGGCUUACUAGCCCAUAUCACAGCCAAUCAAAUGGAAAGGCCGAGUCGGCGGUAAAAGAAGCAAAGAAGGUGCUUACCAAAGCUAAGGAGACUCAUGAGGACCCUUAUAUUAUGUUGCUGGAACGCAGAAACACGCCAUCAACAGAAAUUGGGGCAAGUCCGGUGCAGCGACUCUUCAGCCGGAGGACAAGAACGUUGAUACCAACUGC